AUGGAGACGAAACGAUAUCAGCCGCCGGUGGAAUUCAUCGAUCUUGUGCAAAAGAGCUCGUUCUGGGUUCGAUGGAUGGGUACAUCAAUGGGUAUCUGGCCAGUAGAGCAUGUUUCUAUACGCCCGCAGUGGUAUCGAAAGCUGUACUACUUCAUGCUGUUAGCCCUCUGGUACAACACGUACGUGCAGAUAGAAUUUUUGUUUCAUAACCUUAAAACCCUGAAUCUAGCGGUACAGAGCCUUUGCUCUCUUUGUAGUAUUUCAUCGGCUAUUUUCAAAGUGAUGCGGUUGCAUGCGUACGAAAAUGAGAUCAGAGAUAUUUGGCAGACGUUAGAAAACGUGACAGUACUUAAAGAACUUCAUUUUCUGCGGAAAUCCGACAGCGAUACCAUUUUCGGCCGUAUCAACAAACAGCUCAUGCGUCAGUGGAAGGAAGUUCAUUUUAACUUGCGUUUCUACAACCUUAUGGUCGGGCUAGUGGCCUGUAAUUACUCGAUCAUACCAUUCUGUAGCAAUCUGUACAACCAGCUCAAGGGGCGGGAGUUUAAUAGAAGCUUUGUCUACAGAACGUACUACAGGUCGAUGGAACUCCUCAAGUAUCGUUCUCCGUUGUUUGAGGUGUUGUUCUGUUCCGAGAGCUUAUCCGGCUACACGACCUGGGCCAGUAUGGUUGCAUUUGACGGUCUUUACGUGGUGAUGGUCCUUAACGCGGUCUCACUUCUCCGUCUGCUGGGAGACUUUAUGCGCGAAACAACGAAUUCCGGUUUCACCGAAAGAGAGAAAAUCUUUUUUCAACGAGAAUGCAUACGCUACCACAUAAAAGUGAUUCGGUUGGUUGAAAAACUCAACGAAAUAUUCGCCCCGGUACUGCUAGUACAGUUGCUCACCAGCACGUCCAUUAUCUGCGUCAUCGCGUUUGCAGCCAGCAGCCAGUCGAACGCGAGCGAUUCGCAGACCAUGCUGAUGGUACUCUACCUGAUAACGGCUAUCUACCAGCUGUUCCAGUUCUGCUGGUACGGACAGCGGUUCCAGAACGAGAGCUUCAAGUUGCCACAGGCUGUGUACGACGCAGAAUGGGAACAGUGUGCGAAGCAAUUCAACACCACGCAUCACAUCCUGCUGCUAUACAGCCAGCGUCAGUUGGACAUGCGCGCGUGGAACUUCUCUGCCAUGUCGCUGGAAACGUUUUCCACGAUAAUCCGAAGCGCAGUUUCCUACUUCACCGUACUGCAAACGCUCGCCGAAGAGUAACGUGUCGAGCCCC